UUUCAUGGUGACAAUCUAAAAAAUAGGAAUUUUUUAAUUCCAACUUUGGUAAGGGAAAUCUUACAGCGCGAAUAAAUGUAAUUUACAAAUUCAUACCAUUAUGUCGUCAUAGCCAAGGUAUUAGGGCUUUGGGCGAAAUGUUGUUGGUGUGUACUUUGUGUUAGGUUGAGCCAUGUCAGUACAAAGAACAGUAUUUCUCCUACCCAAAAAAAGGUACAAGAACUGUAUUAAGGAAGAUUAAUUAGAAACUUAAUACAGAGUAUCAAUCUGCAGUAAAUGAAAAACGGCGAAAGAAGUUAAUACAAAGCUCAUUGAAUAUACGUCAACAGUAAGGUUCUUUCCUUCCCUCCCACUCCAAACUAAAGUACACUAACCAGCUUUUCUUCUAUACAAACCCACCCUGCAAACGGCACCUCGCCAUUUCUAAACCCACGAACAAUCCACCCACCAUCGCCUUCGCAUCCUUCUUUUACGCCCCUGCCUGCGAUCACGAGAAUCGAACAACACCCACAAAGCAAGAAAGGAAAAUGAAGCGAUUGGGAGCUCUGGUUUUGCUCGAGACUCUUCUUCUUGUUCUUCAGGGGAAGAAGGGGAUUUCUGCCGGUGAAGAUGGGUUCGUGAAGACCAAUGGAGCCCAGUUCACGCUCGGCGGCGCCCCAUUUUACGCCAAUGGCUUCAACGCCUAUUGGCUCAUGUACGUAGCAGCCGACCCUUCUCCAUCCGAGAGGCAGAAAGUCUCCACCUUGUUUCAGGAAGCCAGAGGGCACGGCCUCGCCAUCGCCAGAACUUGGGCGUUCAACGAUGGUACUCAAGAUAGAGCUCUUCAGAUCUCCCCUGGCCUCUACAGCGAGCAAACUUUUCAGGCGUUGGAUUUGGUGGUGUCUGAAGCGAAGAAGAACGGGAUCAAGUUGAUUCUGAGCUUGGUGAACAACUACGAGCAUUACGGAGGGAAGAAGCAGUACGCCAAUUGGGGGAGAAGUCAGGGCCAGUCGAUUUCGUCGGACGACGAUUUCUUCACCAACGCGGUGAUCAAAGGGUUCUACAAGAAUCACAUCAAGACGGUUCUCACCCGCCGGAACACCAUCACCGGCGUUGAUUACAAGGACGAGCCGGCGAUCAUGGCUUGGGAGCUCAUGAACGAACCCAGAUGCACCUCGGAUCCCUCCGGCAGAGCCAUUCAGGAAUGGAUAACGGAGAUGGCUGCUUACCUAAAAUCAAUCGACGGGAACCACCUGUUGGAAGUCGGUCUAGAAGGGUUUUACGGGCAAUCGGAAUCUCAGAAGCAGCAGGACAACCCAAACUUCCAAGUGGGAACCGAUUUCAUCGCCAACAAUCAGAUCCCGGAAAUCGAUUUCGCCACGGUCCACUCUUACCCGGACCAAUGGCUGCCAAGCUCCGACGACCGGAGCCAGCAGGAUUUCUUAAACCGCUGGCUGCAAGUUCACAUCCAGGAUUCACAGAACGUUCUCCGGAAACCCGUUCUCUUCGCCGAGUUCGGAAAAUCUCUGAGAACUGCGCCUGUAGAACAGAGGGAUCGGCUGUUCGACACCGUCUACACCGCGAUUUACUCGUCGGCCAGAGCUGGCGGCGCCGCCGCCGGCGGGAUGUUCUGGCAGCUGUUCACCGAAGGAAUGCACAAUUUCGGAGAUGGGUACGAGGUGGUUUUGAGCGAGAACGGGUCUACUGCUGGGAUCAUCGCUGAUCAAUCGAAGAAGCUCAACCGAAUUCGGAGGCUUUAUGUCGAGCUGAGGAACAGAGCAAGGUGGGCCGGCGGCAAUGUCAUUAGACACAAUGGAAUCGGAAAUUGAGGGAAGAAGGCGUAGUGCUCAUUUCGCUGGUGGGUUGUCUAUAAUUGAUAGGUUUUGAAACAGAUUAUUCGUCCACUGAGAAUCUUGAGAAUGUAUCGUUUGGAUUAAUUUUGCUUAAUAAAAUGAAAUUGCGGGA